AUGUCGGCGGCCUUGGCAGACUACGCUAGCGCUGGCGCCAGCCUACUGUCACACGUCUGGCGCCUCGCGCCGGGGAACCCGCCGCGGUACGUCUACAAGCCGCUGGAUGAAGGCCGGUUCCGGCUUCUCCACCUCCUCGCGGGAGCGGCGGACGACAGCGUCAUCCGCGUCAGGCUCGUCGACGAAGCCGUCGACGCCGCCCCCGAGUACCACGCCGUCUCGUACGUCUGGGGCAACGCGUGGCAGACGGUAGGGAUCCUCUGCGAGGGCGCCGAGAUCCGCACGCGGCAGAUCAUGCUGAUGGAAAAGAUCUACUCGCGUGCGGCGUCCGUCCUGGUCUGGCUCGGCAAAGACGACGCGGGCCUGGAAGGGAUCGAGGCCCUCAUCGACGCCGCUCUCAAGGUCAUCCCAGAGGCCGUGGACGACCCCGUGCGGAACAGGGAGAGCGCUGCGACUCUGGCCGCCAGCAUCGAGGCGACGGCAGACAUACGGGACCUGUCUCCGGAGCGGCUCUCUGCCUUGUGGAAGGCCAUGACGGGCGAGCGGGCCCACAUGAGCGAUCGCGUUGACGUCGACUGGUCGGAGCAGUUCAAGGCCUUUUUCACCGGGUUUGACACAUGGCUUACCUCAGAGGAUCCGGAAGAGGCGGAGAGAGCGCGGUUGAGCUUCGUGACCUCAGGCAUGGCGAUCGAGCAAAGUAUUGUAGGGUUUGGGAUAGGGCGGCGAUUGUUCCCCACGGCCGAGGGCAGGCUCUGCAUGGCACCGGUGGAGGCAAGGGCGGGCGACGUGGUUUGCGUCCUCCUCGGGUGCGAGGUUCCCCUUGUCAUUCGACCUACGGGGCAGGGCAUGUACGAGUUGAUCGGAGAGGCGUACGUCAGUGGUAUCAUGGAUGGGGAGGCUCUCUCUGGAGAGUACGAUCAAAUGGAGAUCAUGCUGGAAUGA